AGUCAAAAGGCGUUGGCCGCCUCUGGAUAAGGUGGCCGCUGUGGAGGCGUCGUUGUGGGGGAACUUCGAGCCGGGACGGCGACAUCUGGACUGAGUCGGAGGCUAAGGUCCCAGCGUCCCUCCAGUCGUUUGUGAGCUUACUCCGUGGUCACAGUCUCGAGAUAAUCUGCAUUGUCAUCUGUGACUAGUGACUGGCAGCAGCAGUGGUUCGGGGCUUGGCGCUUCCCUUGGACCCACAGUUGCAUCGGCCAGGUUUUGGUUGUUUUUAGGAAGUCGGAAGAAGCGCCCAAGAUUCCGUGUGGGGCAGGUUUUCAUUCUGUACUAGUCCUUCCCCUGGGAUGGAACACGGCAUAAAACCUGAGUCAUCGUUAGCAUUUAAAUGUAAUUGAAGCCUGCACAGCUUGGAAAAAAAUUCUCAAGGUAUGGACGAGAAGGGUGACCCGAGUGGUGAGGACGCACCCAAGGCCAUCAAGCCCACCAGCAAAGAGUUCAGGAAGACGUGGGGGUUCCGGAGGACCACCAUCGCCAAGCGCGAGGGCGCCGGGGAUGUGGAGGUGGAUGCCCUGGAGCCGCUGCCCCGGCAGCAGCAGAGCCCGUCGCUGCGUCACAGCGGAAGGCAGCCGAAGCGGACUGAGCGGGUGGCGGAGUCCCUGACCACGGUACGGCGCCGGGGCCGGAGGGGCACCCCCGUGUCCCUAGAGGACUCUGCGGAGCCGGCGUCCUGUCCAGUGACAGAUGCGGAGAGCGCCUCCAAGGGGAGCGUGGAAAGCACCUCGGACGGGAAGAGCGGUCCCAGGUCUGGCUCCACGGGUGCUAAGGAACGAACGGCCUCCUCGGGAAAGGCCAGAGGGCGUGGUGACGAGGAUGACACCUCCGAUAGUGACAGUGACGGGUUGACUUUGAAAGAACUCCAGAAUCGCCUGCGGAGAAAGCGCGAGCAGGAGCCCACCGACAGGCACCCAAAGGGCAUCCAGAACCGCCUGAGGAAGAAGCAUCGGGAGGAGGACCCGGUGGAGACCAUGGACGUUGAGGCAGGCGAUGCAAUGGAGGGCUCGCUGCCCGUCCCGCAGGAGCCGGAGGCGGACCUGGGGGCUGCAUCCCAGGUGGCGAAGAUGGACAGAGAGAGCCAGCUGGAAGGGAGGGUGGCCCCAGGGGGGAAUGCAGAGGAACCCGGAGACGCAGUCCGACACAAGCCCGAAUGUGAGGUGUACGACCCCAAUGCCCUGUACUGCCUGUGCCGCCAGCCUCACAACAACAGGUUUAUGAUUUGCUGUGACCGAUGUGAAGAAUGGUUUCAUGGGGACUGUGUGGGCAUUUCUGAGGCUCGAGGGAGGCUCUUGGAAAGGAACGGGGAGGAUUACAUCUGCCCAAACUGCACCAUCCUGCAAGUGCAGGAUGAGCCCACCUCCGAGACCACAGGCACGCAGGACUCGAGGUCGAGACCUGCGGACGCCGACGGCACGGACUGUACAAGUAUAGGAACCGUGGAGCAGAAAUCGAGUGAAGACCAAGGAAUUAAGGGUAGAAUUGAGAAAGCUGCAAACCCAAGUGGCAAGAAAAAACUCAAGAUAUUCCAGCCUGUCGUAGAGACGCCUGGUGCCGCCAGAUGCAUCGGCCCCGGGUGCUCGAGCGUGGCGCAGCCCGACUCUGUCUACUGCAGCAGUGACUGUAUCCUGAAACACGCCGCGGCCACCAUGCGCUUCCUGAGCGCAGGGAAAGAGCAGAAACCAAAACCUAAAGAGAAACCCAAGACAAAGCCGGAAAAAAUCGUUCUUCAGAAAUGUAGCGUUCAGGCAGGCAUUAAAAUCUCUUCUGUGCACAAGAGACUGGCUCCAGACAAGAAGGAGAACACGGUGAAGAAGGUGGCGGUGGUCCCUCUAAGGAGUGAGGUCCUCGCUAAGGAGCCGACCUGUGAGAGCAGCACGCCAUCCUGGGCCAGCGACCACAAUUACAAUGCAGUAAAGCCAGAAAAGACUGCUGCCCCCUGGCCGCCACUGUUGUAUAAAUGUAUGUAUCACCCGGGGGGAGCUCUGGACCCUUCCCGGUCUUUUUGGACGGCCGUGCACUCGGGCCUGUCCAGAGCUAGGAGUUCUAGCCGUGUUUUCUGCUGCACCUGCAGAGAUCAAAGCCCUUGCCCAAGUCCAGGAGGCCUCCUGAGCCCCGCGUGCCCAUCCUUAGUCUGUCGGGACUUCCUGUCAGUGUUUCCGAAAAGCUGUACCAGCCCAGUUGCUGAAUGUCUCACCUCUGACGAUUGAUGUCUUUAAUCGCUUUUCUUUAUUAUCAGGCUGUGGUAAGUAUGUGUAGUAUCUUCAGCAGAAUCUGACAAGGGGGCGCACUGCCCGGCACUCAAGGUCCGCCGUCGUCCAGAUGUUCGCCACAGCGCCGCCACCGCCGUGGGCUCUCCACGCGGGGGCCUUUCCACACAGUCUGCUCCCAGCACACGUGACCCUCACUUGUUGUAUGUUGUGGGAACCUAGUACUAUUAGCACCGUAGUGUUGUAGCCGAUUUUCAACUGAAGCAUGGUUUUCAGGAGUAUAUUAUUUUUGACCGAACCGGAAUUUUUUUUAUGUCCAAUUCACAUUCUACACACAACAUAAACACACUUGCCAGUCUUGAAGGCCGUUUACCCUGCUUCCUGUGCUUGAAGGUAAGUGAGCACAAUGUCUCUCCACUGUGAGCAGCACCCAGGCCAGGAGUCCUGGCGUGCACCGCCGGGUCGUCCCAGCCCAGGCUUCCAGUUCAGACAGACUUUUGCCCCGAGGAGACCAUGCAGCGUGACUCUUUCCUCUUCUUUCGUUCAGCUCAUUCUCCAGAAUUACAUUUUAGAAACUUAAAUUGCUCUGGGGCACAUCUUAUUCUAUGAUGAAGGUCAUUUUGCGUUCAGCUUUUCUUUAUGCUAUCUUUUAUACUCUUGCAACUUUUUUUUAAAAGCACAAGAGGUUACAUGGCCCUAAAUUCCAAGAUUAUAGCCAUGUGCUGCUUCCUCCUCUCAGCCGGCUCUUUAGGCCCGUGGCCUGAGGGAAGGCCUCGUGGAUGUAGUGUGGCUAGAAAACUGCCUAACUAGAUGCAUUUUGAGAAUGUAAAUGACCCAAGACCUAAGAAAUGGAGUUGGAAGUAAACUGCAAAGCAAUACUGUGUGUGUAUAUAUAUAUAUACAUAUUUAUCUAUUUUUUUUAUUUGUGGAUUUUUGGAGUGAGUGGUUUGAUAUAGAAUUAACCAGUUGCUGUAUUAAACUGAGUCUCAAUACACCUCAGGUUGUUUGAACCAAGAACUUCAUGCUAACAACGUGCCGCAAAUAUCCAUCAAAUCAUAGCACCUCUACACAGUAGCGCCUCUACAGGGGUUACGAAUGGACCUAAAUAUAAGCGUCGCCCAGCUGUGAAUGGGUGGGGAGCAGUCACUUUGGAAUCCUGUGCUAAAUGUUCUCAGUUGGUUAUAGGCACGUGACAGAAUAAAAGGAAAACCGAGGUGU